AGACGCUCGUGGGCGUGUGUGUGUCCGGCCAGUGACCGGAGGACGAGUGGUGUGGUGUUGUGAUAGUUAGGCAGAAGUCAGCGUAAUUUGGUGUCUUUGGGCGGUUCCCCGAGGUUUGCCCUUCUAGGAACACCAUGAACACAUGCACAUACACAUACAUGCACACAAACACACUUACGUAACUUGCAUAUACACAUACUCACGCACGCACGCACGCACAGAUGUUGUUCUCCAAGACCACAGUUCUAGUGGACUUGAGUCUGGCGGCAGGCGGGCCGGGCUUAAGUGCCUUCCUCCACCACACACAGGCGACUCUUGCGGCUUGGUAUGGUUCUGUCCGAAUAGGUGCUCGUUGAUGGGGGAGCGCAGAAGACGGACUCUGCUGGAUAUCCAGCUCGUACGACCCGGUUCCUCUACAGAGCGAACGCGGCGGCGGGGAGGAAGAGAAAGAAAGAGAAAAGCGAGUGGGCGAACGGAACACACGGCAAACUAGAGGCCAUAGACGUGGCAGAUGCAGACCACGGAGAGGACGCCGGAG